GUAUCAUCGCUGGAAGCUGGACGAAGCCUGUGCCGCCACCUCCACGAGACCCCCAACACGCGGCCGGUUUCCUGCUGUUCGACUUCUUCUCAUUGUCGUCUGAAAUUGAAGUCGUGAUUACGCCUCCGCCUCUAAAUUCAUCGAGACCUCUUAGCACUUAGCAGGGCAACCAACCAAAAAUUCAAAGAAAAGCAUCCCUACGGUACGACCCCGGCCAUGGCGACCACCGACAUCCGACUCUCCAUCGCACGCCAGACGCGUUUCGCCCUCCGCCUCGCCUCGGCCAUCUCCUCCCCUUCCAACGCCGACGGUGCUGCCGGCAACGCCGCGUUCUCCCCGCUCUCCCUCCACGUCGCGCUCAGCCUCGUCGCCGCCGGCGCGGGCGGCGCCACCCGCGACCAGCUCGCCGCUGCGCUUGGUGCCGAAGGGCCAGGCGAGGCGGAGAGCCUCCACGCGCUCGCCAAGCGGGUCGUGCAGCUCGUUGUUGCCGACGCGUCGGUGGAGGGCGGCCCGCGCGUCGCGUUUGCUAACGGCGUCUUCGUCGACACGUCGCUGCCGCUCAAGCCGUCCUUCAAGGAGGUCGCCGUUGGGAAGUACAAGGCCGAGACAAACUCCGUCGAUUUCCAAACUAAGGCUGCUGAAGUUGCAGGUGAAGUAAACUCAUGGGUGGAGAAACUCACAGCAGGUCUCAUCAAAGAGAUACUUCCCCAAGGAUCUGUCGACAGUAGCACUAGACUUGUUCUUGGUAACGCCCUUUAUUUCAAGGGAGCCUGGACCGAGGAAUUUGAUGCAUCCAAGACCAAAGAAGGCGAGUUCCACCUUCUCGACGGGAGCUCAGUACAAGCGCCAUUCAUGUCUAGCACAGAUGAGCAGUAUAUUUCGUCUCGCGACAACUUGAAGGUACUUAAGCUUCCUUACCGGCAAGGCGGGGACCUGCGACGCUUCUCCAUGUACAUACUUCUGCCAGAUGCACCUGAUGGUCUCUGGAACUUAGCCGAAAGGGUGAGCUCUGAACCAGAGUUCCUCGAGAAGCAUAUCCCAACCGAGAAGUUUCCGGUCGGACAGUUCAAGCUUCCCAAGUUUAAGAUAUCGUUUGGAUUUGAGGCGUCCAAUUUGCUCAAAGGUUUGGGGCUACAUCUUCCUUUCAGCACCGAAGCCGAUCUUUCAGAGAUGGUGGAUUCAGAACAGAAAUUAUGCAUCUCAUCUGUUUUCCAUAAGUCAUUUGUCGAAGUGAAUGAAGAAGGAACAGAGGCUGCUGCUGCGACUGCGGUAACGAUUAUGCUCAUGUCACUACCGUUAGACCCGCCAAUGAAGAUGGAUUUUGUCGCGGAUCACCCUUUCCUUUUUAUGAUCAGAGAAGACUUGACUGGUGUGGUGCUGUUUAUUGGUCACGUCCUCAAUCCUCUACUUGCUGCAUAGUGCAUCUGCUCUGAAUCGCAAGGCUUUUACUGUGUGAUAUUAUGGCCUCUCGAAUAAAUUAUGGAGUAACUUUUUUUCAGUUUCAAAACUGAGGCUUCCUUAUGUAACUCUGUUUUCAAAUUGUGGAUUGCUGGAUGUAUGUAACGUGUCUUCAAAUCAGGGUUUCGGUAUUUUUGCUUGUUCAAAAAAAUAUGUCUCUCUCU